AAGUUUCGACAAUAUUGCGAAAACAGUUCAAGUAAAGAGGUGCGGUAUACUAAUGGCUAUUGAAAUUAAUGUUUUGUUGGUGAUCGGAUUACUGGCGUUAAUACGCAAUGUUACAGUGAAUGGGCAAGACCCUAUAGAAAGGUUUAUCGUGACCAUAGGUCAUGUAAAUAAUCGGGAGUUAAGCGAAAAAUGUGUGGGAACACUAAUAUCUGAGCAGCAUAUUCUUUGUACGGCCACUUGCGUAUCUGUUCGACCACCUACUCAAAUUGCAAUCAUUAUACCGCCAGUUUCUGAGACUACGACUAGAAUCGUUAUUCAUCCGUUCUACGAAAACAAUCACUAUUCGAACAAUGCAGCUCUUGUGAUGACAACUACCUUUCGGUCUAAUCCUCAUCUUGGCUUUGUUCCAAGGCAGCUCGGAGGCUAUUUGUCAACAACCAAUUCCUGCAGUUUAUUUGGAUGGGGAGGAAGAGUAAUAGAUGCGCGACGGGAUGAGGUAUUCAUUGAAUCCCCAGUCGAUUGUAACGUCAACUAUCCACAAAGUUAUUGUUCGAAUUUCGAUUCAGUGGCGCAUCUCACUUGUAGUGCGCUAGAAGCAUCACCAGUAACAUGUGGAAAUGAUAUGAUUGUAUCAGGUUUUGUGAGCACCGAUGGCUGUAGCCCACACGGUGAUGAUUCAGCAAGGCUAAAUUAUCAUUCGGUUAGUGACUUCCAAGAUUGGAUUGAAGGAGUUAUCGGCUCGCAACUGCCUGAACGUCGCGAAGUGAAUUUUAUAGUCAUUAUAAUGGACCGAAAUACGUUGGCAAUUCCUCAAUGUUUUGGAACAAUUAUUUCAUCGAAUCGGGUGUUAACAACUGCAACCUGUGCAUCUAUUGACUCUAUGGAUAAUCUUGUAGUGCAAUCACGAUAUAUUGACGUAGCCUGGCCAGCAAAACAAAACUUUAGUGUAACUCAGGUCUACGUCCACCCAUCGUUCCGCCAAGAUAAUCCCUUCGAGAACAACGUCGCAAUCAUAUCGGUUAACGGUUCGUUUAGUGAUAUAAUUAUUCCGAGAACACUCGGAAGCUUGGAUCAAAACAGCUCAUGCCAAUUGUUCGGAUGGGGUCCUACAGAUUCUGUCAUUCGCGGCGAUGCGAUAACUGUAUCGACACCACAAGAAUGCAAUGGCGCCCAUCCACAUGCAUUCUGUUCCACUCAUCCUACAAUUUUUCAUCACCUAUGCUAUGCAAUGACUGGCACCCCGGUCACUUGUGGCGGAAAUGAGGGAGUGAUUGCAGGGUUUUUGAUCAAUAAUGCAACGUGCAGCAACAACAACAGUCGUGUCUCGCUUAGCUAUCAUUCUGUGAGCGAUUUUUAUGACUGGAUAGCUGAUUUAGAUCCAGUUAAUACUGAUCCACCUACAGAUGGAACUCCAACGAAUCCACCGACUGAUGGAGCUGCUGCUACAAAGAUGUUGACAGCUUUUGUACUAAUUGUUAGCUUAAUCAGUUGUGCCAUGAUGAAUCGAAGCUUUUCUUUCUAAUAAAGUUGACCGUG